AACGCAAACGCUGCGCUGUAUGAGCAGCGAAAGUUCUUCUUCAUGCUCCUGUGCGGAUUCCUUUCCUCCCAAUUUCCCACGUCCUUUCUCGACAACCUUGGUCGUCUUCCUCGUCUUCUUGUACCUACGCCGGUCACAUCAACCCCACCUCUCUCUCUCUCUCUCUCUCUCUCUGCCCUCCAUUUGCUGAAGCGAGGCGACAAGCCGAAGUUGCCGGCCGAGCAUCGCCUCCGUCUCUUCCGGCAGGUUUUGCCGGUGGAGUACAGGUUUCCGGGCUUAACUCUCGUCUUCGCUGAUCCGCUUUCGGCUCUGUUUGUCGAUCCUUUUUCGGAAGCCGCGACCGCCCGGUUCGUGGUGAUUCGGUUUCCGUGAUGAGAUCGUGCUUUUUGUCGGGAUUUCUGGCGGGUUCGGCUUGCGCUGAUCGAGAUACUUAAGUUUACGGGUGUGCUGGCUGAGUGAGCAGUGAGCUGUUGCGCAGGGUGGUGAAGUCAAGCGACGUGGUAUUUGGGGGGUGGGGGUUGUCUGGAGUCUCGAGGUGAGGAGUGGGAAAUUCAAGUUGGGGAUCAGGCGGAUCGAGCUUCGAAGCCUCGAAACAUAGACUGCAAGGGUGAAGAGACUGAAGUAUGCGCUAAAGGUUUGGUCUUUUGACCGUAGGGGUGGUCCCCGGGACAUUGGGUUGCGAGAACUGACUUUUCAAGGAUUGACUAUGUGAGGUUUGAACAAAUUUCUGGGUCGAUCAUCUCAUUUUGGUCCUUGGUUCUCUUGUUCAUGUGCUUGGUGGGUUGGAAUGACCAUCAGCGCAUGAAAUUUCUUACCUAAAGAACCUUCGAAGGCCACAGAGUUUGCAUUUAACACUGAAGCAAAUACAAAGGGGAUCUCGAUCGGCUCUGAUGGCUCCAGGUCCUCUCGUGUUCCGUUCUUUGUGUUUUGGCUGGUAAUUGGAGAAGUUGGGUGAUUCCCCAAAGGUUUUAGCUUCCAUGACAGAUUUUGGAGGUACCUAAGAAUUCUAGAUGUCAAUUUCGGCAUUUACUCAGCUGUUGUUGUUCGUGCAAUUUCUCAGAGCAUCAGCUUCAGGGUUUGUUCUUAAGUCGAGGGUUUGCGGUGCUGAUCAAAUAGCAUAUUCGAGUUAUCUAGGUCGUGAAUUGUUUUUCAUCAAUGGGGGUGUAGUCGACAAAUUUGUGUUCUGCGAGGCCCUCAAAAGCUACGGCGCAAACAGUUGCGACUUUGAGGAAUACCCUGGAGUAAUUCAAUGUGAACUCGACCUUCCGCAAGCACGUUUGCAUCUUGGCCGAGGAAGAAAGCUUUUGCAGAAACAUACAAUGGACAAAUCUGAAGGGAACCAUAAGAGUAAUUUGACAGAGGAUAGCAUUGACAAUAAUGAUAAACCUCUAUCAACCUCCAAAAUUAUUGGCGUGGUAGUCCCGGGAACUUUUGCUGUCUGUUGUGUUUCACUUUGUGCCUGGUUCUAUGGGAAAAGGAAACCAUCUGCUCACACAAUGCUUUCAAAGGACCUGAAUUCAAUGGAUUCAAUUUCCUCCUUCGACAGGAACUCUGUUUCAGAAAAGGUUUAUUCCCAUGAAAAGUUCCUGGGCAGUCCAGCUCGGGUGCCCCCUAGUCCAAUGAGGGUUCCACAGAGUCCUAGAUUUUCAAUGUCCCCAUCUCCAAGACUGAGUAGACUUGGAUCGCUGCAUCUCAAUUUCAAUCAGGUCACUAAAGCAACAAACAGUUUUUCACCUUCAUUUCGAAUAGGGAAAGGAGGCUUUGGGACUGUCUACAGGGCACAACUAGAUGAUGGUCAGGUGGUUGCCAUAAAAAGAGCAAAGAGGGAGCAUUUUAAGGGUUUGCGAACUGAAUUUAGCAGUGAAGUUGAGCUUCUAGCUAAGAUUGAUCAUCGGAAUCUGGUGAGGCUGCUUGGGUAUGUUGAUAAUGGAGACGAACGCCUUAUCAUCACAGAGUAUGUGCCAAAUGGUACUCUAAGGGAACAUUUGGAUGGACGUCGUGGUAGGAUUCUGGAUUUUAAUCAAAGACUUGAAAUCGCCAUCGACAUUGCUCACGGCUUGACUUAUCUCCAUCUAUAUGCAGAAAGGCAAAUUAUCCAUCGCGAUGUAAAAUCAUCGAACAUCCUUCUGACGGAGACCUUGAGGGCUAAGGUAGCUGAUUUUGGAUUUGCAAGGCUUGGUGCUGUGGAUUCAGAUGAAUCUCAUGUCUCAACAAACGUGAAAGGGACAGUUGGUUACCUAGACCCAGAGUAUAUGAGGACCUAUAAGCUUACUACCAAGAGUGAUGUGUACUCGUUUGGAGUUUUACUUGUUGAAAUGCUGACGGGCCGUCGUCCUGUUGAACUAAAGCGGCCUUUUGAAGAACGCGUGACACUUGUAUGGGCCUUCAAGAAGUUCGACGAGGGAGAGGUCAACGACCUUGUGGAUCCAAGAUUGGAAGAAGUAGUUGAUGCAGGGAUACUCGUGAGAAUCUUUGGGUUGGCCAUUCAGUGUGCAGCACCCAUCCGGACUGAUCGGCCUGAUAUGAAAGCAGUUGGCGAGCAGUUGUGGGCAAUCAGGGCAGACUAUGUUAGGACUGCAAGGAGGGGGCACGGAUCGAAAUCUGGGCAAGUGGGCCUGGUAUGAAGCAGUUGGCGCGCAGUUUAUUUAUUUACCCUUCUAAAGUAUCACACGAUCUUCACAGGUUUUCUCCCCUCAAGGACAGCAGUAGUAGUUUAAUUUGCUACUCGUGUAUAGAUGUAUUCAUUGCAUUGUGUAUGGCCAUUUCAUGGGAAGAAAUAGUUCACCUGCUUUUGUGAAAAUUUACUGUUCUAUGACAGAACUUUGCCAGAUUAAGUACCGAGCAAACUACGAGGAAAAGUUAGUAGCUUGCGGCACAUUGUCAUUGUGUCGUUCUA